AUGGUCAACUUUGCAUUAGCCCUCGCAGCUGUAGCUGCCUUACCUCGGACAGCUCUGGCUUUGUAUGAGAAUGGGUCUGUCGUCGCUCCUUGCGACUCACCCAUCUACUGUCAUGGCGAUAUCUUGAAAGAAGUUGAGCUUGCUAGACCGUUCUCAGACUCCAAGACGUUUGUAGACAUGCCUGCUAUCAAGUCUCUGGAAGAGAUCCAAGCAGCGUUCAACAAUCUGUCGAAGCCCCUGAGUAACAAUACUGCACUCAAUGACUUCCUACGCGCCAAUUUUGCCGCAGCAGGUGGUGAGCUCAAGGAAGUGCCCAAGGAUCAGUUGAAAACGGACCCAAAAUUCCUCGACAAAAUCAACGAUACAGUGAUCAAGGAAUUCUCACAUAAGGUCAUUGCCAUCUGGCCGGACUUAACCCGCACAUACGCUGGCUCUGCGAGCAACUGCACAACAUGUCCGAACAGCUUCAUCCCAGUCAACCACACCUUUGUGGUUGCCGGAGGCCGGUUUCGCGAGCCAUACUACUGGGAUUCUUUCUGGAUUCUCGAGGGCCUCUUACGUACAGGCGGCGCUUUCACUGAGAUCUCCAAGAACGUUAUUGAAAACUUCUUGGACCUCGUAGAAAAACUCGGAUUUGUGCCCAAUGGUGCUCGGAUCUACUAUCUGAACCGUUCGCAGCCGCCAUUGCUAGCACAAAUGGUUCGUCUCUACGUCGAGUACACAAGCGACCGGAGCAUACUAGACCGGGCAAUCCCUCUCCUCAUCAAGGAGCAUGAUUUCUGGACAACAAAUAGAACUAUUGAAGUAAACAGGAACGGGACCACGUAUACUCUGAAUCAAUACAACGUCACCAACACACAACCAAGACCCGAAUCGUACAGAGAAGACUACAUCACUGCUUCGAACGCUUCCUACUACUCGACCAGUGGAAUCAUUUACCCGGAGGUCGAGAAGCUGAAUGACACCGAAAAGGCCCGUGUUUAUGCCAACCUCGCAUCCGGUGCCGAGAGCGGCUGGGACUACUCCUCACGAUGGCUUUCUCGACCUUCGGAUGCAGCGAGAGACGUCUACUUCCCUCUCCGAUCUCUCAACGUUCUAGAGACUGUCCCGGUGGAGCUGAACUCCAUCUUGUACUGGAACGAAGUGACCAUUGCCGCUCUUCUCAACUCCACGAAUAAUAGCACUGAAGCAGCGAAGUGGACUGAACUUGCCACCAAACGAAGUCAAGCUAUGUACGAUUUGAUGUGGAACUCUACCCUGUCAAGCUACUUUGACUACAACGUGACCUUGGGAGGCCAGAACAUCUACAUUCCCAAAGACGACGAUGCCAGUGAUCUUGAAACGAAUACCGCCGAGGCAGAGCAACAAGUCCUCUUUUCAGUCUCUCAAUUCUACCCGUUCUGGACAGGCGCGGCGCCUUCACACCUCAAGAACAACCCUUACGCGGUAAAGCAAGCAUACCAGCGUGUGGAGAAGUACUUGGACAUCAAGAAGGGCGGCAUCCCCGCCACGAACCUCAAGACAGGUCAGCAAUGGGAUCAGCCAAAUGUUUGGCCGCCCUUGAUGCAUGUCCUCAUGGAAGGUCUUCGCAGGACGCCCGCAACUUUUGGAGAGUCAGACCCCGCCUGGCGUGACGUCCAAAGCCUCGCCCUCCGCCUCGGACAGCGAUACCUGGACUCUACCUUUUGCACAUGGUAUGCUACGGGUGGUUCAACUAGCGAGACUCCCCAGCUGCAGGGCUUGACUGCCCAGAGCGUCGGAACCAUGUUUGAGAAGUACGGCGAUAACUCGACCAACGUCGCAGGUGGCGGUGGAGAGUAUGAAGUCGUUGAAGGUUUCGGCUGGACAAACGGCGUUCUGCUCUGGGCUGUUGAUGUGUUUGGAAAUGACUUAAAGAGGCCCGACUGCGGAAACAUCACCGCAGCCAACGUUCAUCCCGCAAAGAGAAGCUUGCCUCAGCGUGCCGUAGAGUUGGAUUCCUACGAUGCUUCUUGGAUCAAGAAGUUUGGUAGACGCGCUGAGGAGGCCGCGAGGAGGGUUUAG